AUGAACACAUUGUGAUGUUAAGGUAAGAUGUGUGUGUGCUUCAUGUUUUGUUUUCACCAACUCCCAUUAAUAUGAAAUUUGAAGCAGUUAAAUUGAGACAAACAUAUCAUGUAAUUGCUCAAUGAAUGCACAAGGAUGAUGAACUUGACACAAGUUACAUAUUUUACUCUUGCUGCGUACUUUGACACCAGAGUGUUCAAACACCUUUUUUUUCUGAUUGUGCUGUGUCUCUAUGUGUUGAUCAUUGUUUCUAAUGUGUUGCUGAUUGUAGUUAUCUGUAUGUCCAGAAGUCUACAUGAGCCUAUGUACCUGUUUCUGUGCAGCCUGUUUGUAAAUGAAGUGCAUGGUAGUACAGGCUUGUUCCCAUUACUGCUGAUCCAAAUUCUCUCAGACGUUCACACCAUCUCUGUUCCUUUCUGUUUCCUGCAGAUUUUCUAUGUUUACACUUAUGCUAAUGUAGAAUUAUGUAACUUAGCUGUGAUGUCUUUUGACAGGUACAUUGCCAUUUGUUAUCCUCUGCAGUAUAACACACGUAUGACGACUCACAGAGCUUUUAUCUUCAUUGCUGUUAUAUGGUUGUUUUCGUUUGUGAAGGUUUUGAUCACAUUGUCUUUACACCUCCGUCUGACGCUGUGUGGAAAUGUUAUUGACAAUGUGGCAUGUAACAACUACCUGGUUGUUAAAUUGGCAUGCUCCAACACCUCUGUAAACAACAUCUGGGGAAUAUUUGGUGUCAUUCUUACCGUCGUAGUCCCUCUGGUUCCUAUCCUCUUCUCCUACAUGAGGAUUUUAAAAGUCUGUUUUUUUGGUUGUAAACAGACGAGACAGAAAGCUCUCAGCACCUGCUCACCUCACCUGGCCUCACUGCUCAACUUUUCCUUUGGUUGUAUGUUUGAAACUAUUCAGAGUAGGUUUGAUAUGAGUGCUGUACCCAGAGUCGUGCGCAUCAUGCUGUCUCUGUAUUUCCUUAUCAUUCAGCCACUGCUGAAUCCAGUAAUGUUUGGAUUACAAAUGAGCAAAAUACGAAAUGCCUGUAAAGAUCUCUUCUGUCAUAAUAAACUGACUUGCCACACAGAUCAGAUGUAAAACAGUCUGUAUAUCUUUGUCAUAUUAACCUGGACAAUUUUCAGUCUCAUGUUUAAUUUGAACUGAAUAGAGAAGGCCUGCCCUGCUCACACCCCAUGCAUGAACUGAUGGGAAAAUGAACUCCAUCCCCAAUUUUUACAUUGACAAAGGUGGUAAAACUUGACGUUCAACUGGCUCAACUAUACCAGGGGUAGGCAACAAAGAAACUGUAAUUAUGAGACAAAGAAAUUGUUGUUCUCCGACUUUAAUCUUUUUGUUUUUGCUUUGUUUGUUUUUCUAUAUAUUAAAAUCUCACCUUAUGUUCUCUCACUUUAUUGUUGAUAUAUUUGGUACAUGUACAGCGAUUUAUUAAAGUCAUGUUCAUCAGAAAUACAUGAUUGCAGAGAUUUAUGUAAACUAACAUGAAAAUGACAUGAAUUGUAUGAAACAAACAAAAAUGGAAGAAUGUUGGAAUUAAAUGUAAUUGGUAAAAAUGUGGUAACCAUCCUAUUGAUGGGCAUACACUGUACGAUAUGUUCAGUGUUUUUGUAAACCUUCAGCUCAAACUGUACGACUAAAUUGCAUGUGAUAAAAAGCUAAAUCUCACAAACUUAGCUGAACUUCUGUAGCCUGCCCUGAAUGAGGUGAUUGCCAUUAGGUUCUGCAUGUGGUUAUUGACAGUGUUGUGUGUGAAUUAUUUGAAGUUAUGGUAUGUCAGCCUCAGUGUUCUCAUCUUUCAGAUUUUUCCAUUAUGGUACAAACUGAGGCAGUGACUUAUCACAGAGUAAAUGACAUGCUUCCAGUCAGCAUAGUUGAAAAAUUUGGUUUUAAAAAUCUCAUGAACGUGCUUGACAUUACUAUUUCCCUCUGUGUGGUCUGAUAACUGUAGUGAUUAAAAUAAGAGGAAAGUUUAUGAGUUUAGAAUAAAAGUGUUAAAGUCAAAAUACUUUUUUUUUAAUUAUUCAUUUUUAAUAAGUCAUGAAAAAUGUUGAAUAAUUAUCGAUACGGAUGAUCGUGAUAUGUUUUUCAACCAUAAUCCCCAGCCCUAUUAAAUUAAAUCUAAAUAUUAACCAUAAUCCAAAUUCAUUAAACCAGCAAAAUUCUUAAGACUUGUGAAU